GGGGUGUAAGUAUGAAUUUUGUGAAGUUAAUCGUGUUUUACUUUAUGAAGUUAAAUUAACUAAGCAGUGUGGCGGCCGGCCUUGAGCUCUUCUUCUUCUUCUUCUUUCCGCCCUCUUUGCCGCAGUGUGGCGGCCGGCCGUUGUGGUGAAUAAUGGGUAGAUUUGUCCGUGUUGCUCGGAACAUUUUCUCUUCUUCUGCUUUAUAUCCCCAUCCUUUCAAAUACACUCUUCCUUAUGCUUCUUCUAUUCAAUCCAUACACAACUCAUCAUCCUCAUUAUCAGUUGUUGUUCCCGACAAUCAUACCCUACAACAACCUAACCACAACUUCAGAGACAUAACAACGUCAUCAUCAGUAAGAGGAGCAAUAAGAGUAAAGAAGAAGCUUCAAUCUCGUAAAGCCGCAGUGACUACUACUACUAAUAAUAAUAAUACAGCAGUUGAGCUUGCAUUCAAUUCUGUUGUCAAAAUUUUCACCGUUUCAUGCAGUCCCAAUUACUUACUUCCUUGGCAGAACAAAUCCCAGCGUGAAUCUAUGGGCUCUGGGUUUGUAAUUAUGGGAAGAAAGAUUCUUACAAAUGCUCAUGUAGUAGCUGAUCAUUCCUUUGUACUUGUAAGGAAACAUGGCUCUCCAAAUAAGUAUAGAGCACAAGUCAAAGCUGUUGGUCAUGAAUGUGACUUAGCUCUAUUAAUUGUUGACUCUGAUGAUUUUUGGGAUGGAAUGGUUCCCUUGGAGUUUGGAGACAUCCCUUUUCUUCAACAAGCUGUUGCUGUUGUUGGAUAUCCUCAAGGCGGUGACACCAUUUCAGUCACCAAAGGGGUUGUUUCCAGGGUUGAACCUACACAAUAUGUACAUGGUGCUUCACAGCUCAUGGCUAUACAGAUCGAUGCAGCCAUCAAUCCAGGGAAUAGUGGCGGUCCUGCUAUUAUGGGCAAGAAAGUUGCUGGAGUUGCAUUCCAAAAUCUUUCUGGUGCCGAAAAUAUAGGUUACAUAAUACCUGUACCUGUAAUAAAGCAUUUUAUAUCUGGUGUAGAAGAAAAUGGCAAUUACAUUGGAUUUUGCUCCCUGGGUUUGUCGUGCCAGACUACUGAAAAUGUGCACCUCAGAAACCAUUUUGGUAUGCAACCUGGCAUGACUGGGGUGCUUGUAAACAAAAUUAAUCCACUUUCCGAUGCUUACAAGGUUUUGAAGAAAGACGAUAUUAUACUGUCAUUUGAUGGGGUGCCUAUAGCAAAUGAUGGUACAGUUCCCUUCCGAAACAGAGAACGGAUAACCUUUGAUCACUUGGUGUCUAUGAAGAAGCUUAAUGAAAAAGCAGUAGUCAGAGUUAUGCGGGACGGCCAAGAGCUUGAACUCAGUAUUAUUCUCCGACCUAUCCAACCAUUAGUUCCAGUUCAUCAGUUUGAUAAACUUCCAAGUUAUUACAUUUUUGCUGGUCUGGUAUUUGUUCCACUCACUCAGCCAUACCUUCAUGAGUAUGGGGAAGACUGGUAUAAUGCUUCACCUCGUCGUCUGUGUGAAAGAGCAUUGAGGGAAUUACCCAAGAAAGAAAAUCAACAACUUGUUAUCCUGUCACAGGUCCUCAUGGAUGAUAUCAAUGCUGGAUAUGAGCGUCUUGCAGAUUUACAGGUUUUGAAGGUUAAUGGAACAGAAAUUGAUAAUCUGGAACACUUAUGCGAACUUGUUGAAAACUGUAGCACAGACAGCUUGCAUUUUGAUUUGGACGACAAUAGGGUCAUUGUCUUGAACUAUGAAACAGCAAAAAUUGCGACUUGUAGAAUUUUGAAGCGUCAUAGAAUACCUUCAGCAAUGUCAGCUGAUCUUAUUAAUGCACAGAAUAAUUUGCAAUUAGGAUUGACUAGCUCAUGUUGAGAUUGUAAUGACUCUUUCCUGCUUAUUUCUGCAUUUUUGUUUGUAACCGAGUUUGGUUUUUUACUCAAAAUUGUAAAAAUUUUGUUACUGGAUUUCAUUUAACAGAUUUUGCAUUUUUUUGUUGCCUUUAUUACUAAA